GUGUUGAUUCACUCUCCCUCGCUGGCAGACCACACCGAGCCGUGCUUGUUUGCACCUAGGCGCCGCCUAGCCUAGGACCCGAUCCGUCAAGCAUUUAUUAUUGCAGCGCGAUAUUGAUCUCGUAUCUCGGCCGCGCCGUCAGCCAAGUGGGCUGAACAAUUUCCCGUUGUGCUAAAGAGGUCCAUUAUACGAUGCUAUUUAUUGGAGAGAGUUCUAUGCAUGUAAACAAUAUAUAGUAUUUCUGGCCGUUCGGUCACGAGCAACUUUGCGGUCUUACCUCGUCAUCGGCUCCCCGUCCAUGACAGGUACACCUGUCACCGUUGGGCUCUCGAAAGGUGUAGCUCAGGCUGUCGGCCCGAGCUCGUUGUUGUACGCGUUACAGACUACGGUCUCAAAGAGCAGCGUUGCUGCACAUUGCCGUGCCACCCUCAUCCCUACCCGCACUGAGACUAGAAUUCUAAGAAUCGCCCUUUAGAACUUCCUUAUUAUCCCGCUGGCAUGCCUGUGGAUACAGCGAACCGCUAUUUAGUCCACCCCCUACCCUGCUACUACUAGGAGUACUGCAUCGUUCCUAGUCCACAGUUCCGGGUUUUCCGCCGCAGAUGCUGCUGGCCAUGGCGGCGCGUGCGUCGCACGGGAAUCACCGUGAUGCGUCACGGCUGCGCGCCCGCUUCCGCGUCGUACGGCACGCGCGCCAGCGCCAAUCGCGGCCCGCGCGCGACGUGUACCUAGUUCCCGCGGCCUGCUACCUCAUGCUGCUUCUCGCCUCGUGCUACCCUCCCCUAGGCUCCGCAGACAUCCCCGCAUUGUCCGGCGCACGGGGAUACGCGGAAGGGGAAAAGGACGGGGGAAAGGGCGGGUGGAAAGGCGGAGGAGGAGAAGAAGGAGCGGAAGUGAGAGGAGCAGGGGGAGCGCGACAGGCGAGGUGGGGAGGGCAGGGGAGCGGAUGGGGGGGGCGUUUCUUGUCGUGGCCGUGGUCUUGGUCUGGGGCGGAAAGGGCGAUGUAUGAUUGGGCGAGUGGGCAGGUGAACGGGCAGGACUUUCAAAUGAACGAGCUGGAGGGGCAGGUGAACGGCCAGCAGAGUGCGAGGAGCGCUGAACAAAGGGGAGGGGCGGAGGCGGGAAGGCAAGGGAGAGACGAGCGCUGGGGUGCAGGAGGGGCCAUGGACGUGGAUGGUGACGUGGACGUGCCAGUGCGUGACUGUGCUAGAGUCCUGCUGAGCUCCGACCAAGAACUUCCGCCCCCCGCUGCUGGGAGUGCGGGCAGCAUCGCUGGCAGUGCGGGUGUUGCCAGUGGGCGUGCAGCAGCGCAUGGCAGCGCUGCAGGCGCUCUGAAUCCCGCCCUGCCCACCUCGCUCGGCUCCAGCGCCCCGCCAACCAACAAUGCUGUGUUCCGCGUCUUCUCGCCCUUCCAAUACGGCCCUCUGUACGUGACCGUGUCCAUGGGGUCGCCCCCUCGCCGCUUUGUCACGCUGGUCGACACCCUCUCCAGCCUCUCCUGGCUUGUCUGCGACUGCGCCCCCUCCUGCCCUGCCCCCUCCGGCAUCAUGCAGCAUCGGGCCGUCUAUGAGUCGUCAUCCUCUGCGGCGUACCGCCCUGUGGCCUGCAACUCCUCCUCCUGUCCCCAAGCCACCAUGUUCUCCUGCAAUGCUGCUGCUCAACCACCCUCCUCCGCCAGCAACAACAGCAGCAGCAGCAGCACUGUUGCGGCCACACCAUUUCCAUCAUCACCACCAGCUAUAGCAGCAGCAGCAGGUGGGGGAUGCGCGUUCAACGCCAGCAGCGGCGGGGCCGCCAGUGGCAGCUCGGGUGCUGUCAUCUCUGACCUGAUCUCGCUGCUCUCCACCGACUCCUUGCUGCGCCGGGCAAGAGUUACCUUUGGGUGCAGCAGCAGCAUCGACACAUCAGCGGACAAUGGCAUGGAUGGUGUGUUGGCUCUGGGCGCCCGCCCCUUCUCCAUCCCCGCACAGCUCGCCUCCCCCACCACCGAGAUCAGCGCUCCAACCCCUGUGCCUGGAGCAACUGCAGCAGCCACACUGCUUUCCACAACAGCAGGAGCACCAGUUGCAGCAGAGCCAGCAGCAGCAGCACCAGCGGCAGCAGCAGCACCUUUGGCCCCUUUGCCUCUGUCCUUCUCGCUGUGCUUUGACAGCGGUACGGCCCAGGGGGCGCUGGUGCUGGGGGACCCUCCCCACCCGGGCAAGCUCAAAACCACCUCCUUCAUGCUCGCGCCUAACAGCUCUCGCUACUACCUGAACGUGACUCAAAUGCGUGUGGGCUCCUCGCCCGUCCCCGCCAGUGACGGUUUGGGCAGCACGAGUGCGGAUGCGCACGGGGGCAUUGUGGUGGACACCAGCUUCCCCUACCUCGCCCUGCGGGCCCCCCUGCUGCUGCAACUCGUUGACCAGGUGUUCUCAGACCCGUCUCUCGUUCGUCAAGACGUGGACGGCUUCGCUUGCGCCACUCUUCCCAUCAGCAAGGCCACGAAUGAGACCUUCCCCCCGGUGGCGUUUGAUUUUCCCGACGCCAGCUACCUCGUGCAUCCCUCCACCUACCUCAUGCUCAACGGAGUCACAGCACCCAACGUGCUGCUGUGCCUGGCAGCCGUGCCGCUGCCAGAUGACUCCGUGCACAACGCGUACUUGGGCACGCAAUGGCUGGCGGACCACUAUCUGUGGUUCGACGUCGCGUCCCAGAAGCUGCACUUCAGAUCCAUCAACUGCUCCACUUGGGACUAUCUCAACACCACGUUGCCCCCCAAACCCCCUCCUGCUGCUCCACCCUCCACUGCGCCUGCUCCUUCACCCCUCGUCCAACCUCCUGCGUCCUCCCCCACCCAACCUCCUGCGCCCCCUCCUGCGUCCCCCCCCGCCCAACCUCCUGCGUCUCCCGCCGCCCAGCCUCCUGUGCCAAACCCCACGCAAUCCCCCGCGUCCCAACCUCCUAGGCCAACCCCUGCCCAACCCCCUGCGCCCCCUCCUGCAUCUCCCCCCACGCAACCUCCUGCCUCCCCCCCCUUACAACCUCCUGCCUCCCCCCCCACCCAAGCUGCUGCAUCCCCCCCCACUCAACAAACUCCCCCCACACUUUCCAACAUGCCCCCUCCUUCACCUCCCUCUUCUCCUGCACCUUUCUCUGCACCUCCGCCAUCCCCGCAACCCCCCGCUCUCUCGCUCUCUCCACCGGCUGCUCCUCCUGAAUUGAGUCUGCCCAGUGGUGGUGGCAGCAGCAGCAAUGGCAGUGGUGGCAGUAGUAGCAGCGGCAAUAGUGGCAGCGAGAGCAACAGCAACUUGAUGGCAAAAUCAGCUGCUAAGCGAUACACCUUGCCAGGUGCAACAUGGGAUGGUUCAAUAACUUAUAUCCUCUUUGCUUCUUUGGCUUCGACUUUUGCUCUCCAUUUUUGCGGAUGCGGCCUUCGGUAACUGCCAAGGAGAUGCGAACACAUCGUGUUGUCCAAUUUUGUAAUGUGUUGUUACAUGUGUUUAUGAUCUAUAUAAGUUACUGUAUCUCGCUGAUUGCUUCCCUCUUCUAGACUCGAGUCUUGUCCGAAAGUAACGUUGGCUAUGAUGUUGCGGAGUGUCAAACACGUGUAUCUCCUAUGUUUGCAUCGACUGUAUAGGGCCACCUCUUAGAGGGUACAACACUUGGUAGGUAUAUUCACCUG